AUGACUUUUGAACCCACAGUAGCGUCGGUAUCCCUAGGAAGUCCGGCUGUCCAUUGUAUCGAGAAGAGGCUUGUUGCAGCUGCCAGUCAUGGCUUCAAGGGUAUCGAAAUAGUCGAGGCCGACAUUCUCGAGCAAUCCAAAGUGCUAGGUGGAUGUGAAACCGAUGAGGACCAGAUGACAGCGGCACACUCCAUACGAAAAAUAUGCGACAAGAUCGGCCUCACUGUCCGGGUGCUGCAGCCCUUCUGGUUCUAUGAAGGCUUGCUGGACCGUAGAGAGCACGCAGCCAAGAUCGCGAAGCUGCAUCUCUGGAUGAAGUUGGCUGCUAUUCUAGGAGCUGAGAUUGUCCAGAUUCCCACGAACUGGCUGACCGAGGGCACCACAGGCGAUGUUGAUGUGGUGACGGCAGAUCUGCUGGAAAUGGCAGAGAUUGGUUUGCAGCAGUCCCCAAUCAUACGUUUUGCCCUUGAAGCCGUUGCUUGGGGAACAUGGUUUGAUACGUGGGAACAAGCCUGGGAACUCAUCCAGCGAGUUGACAGGACGAACUUCGGCAUGUGUCUGGACACGUACCACGUGGCAGCACGCGUCUUCGGCGAUCCGACACAUGUAUCAGGACGCAAUCGCAAUGCUCACGAGGCGCUUGAUGAAUCCCUCGCGAGGAUGGUUCGAGAGCUAGACGUCAGCAAGAUCUUCUACGUCCAGCCGGGAGAUGCUGAGAAGCUGAGCGCUCCGUUGAUGCCAGGUCAUCCUUACUACAAUCCGGAGCAGAAAGCUCGGAUGAGCUGGUCGCGAAACGCACGACUGUUUGCGUAUGAGGAGGAUCGUGGUGGUUGCCUACCUAUCCCAAAGAUCAUUGACACGCUCGUUGUGAAAAUGGGCUAUCGUGGGCUCAUAAGUGCCGAAUUGUUUUCUCGGCAUUUGCUUGAUGCCAAAUUUGAUAUACCCGAGGAGUAUGCUGCUCGAGCAGAAGCCUCCUUCGCGGUGAUGCUGAAGUCUUUCGAAGGCAGGGUAGAUUUCUAG